GAACCGCCAUGCCCCCUGGGAUGUGUUUUGAUGGUUGCUCGGGAAAUUUUUGACGGCGUGCGUGUUGUACGCGGCCCGUGUCUUCCCGCUGACGACGUUGUUUCAUGUUCCGCAAAUUUUAAAACUACGUUGCUCCAUGAAAUCUUGGUUAUGUUAUCGCUGCUGUGCUGACACGUUUACGCCGUAUUCAUCGUGACCCAGUCACGCCGUAGUCUAGUCGGUGGAUUGGACGAUCGGAGUGGCAGCGGCCACAGUUAUGGGCUCGACGAGAGGCAAGAACACGGUGGGCCCGAAAGAAAAAAAGUUCCGCAAAAUCCGCAAGUGCGUCGUACCUGGCUGCAAAACCGGCCACAUCGCGGCUCUGACGGGAAAACUUUCACUCUACCGACUGCCCAAGAACGCCGAGAGGCGACAAGCAUGGGCGCGGAGCCUGCAGCGCGACGUCCAGAAGCUCCGCAACACCACCCAUGUGUGCGAACUCCACUUCGAACCGCGGUACAUUCAGCGCGACUUCGUUCACAUCAUCGACGGCAAGGAAGUGCGGAUACCUCGGGCCAAAGCGACAUUGACGUCCGACGCCGUUCCGACAAUUUUUCCUGACGAACAUCUAGGGCCGCCGCCUUCGUUUUCUCCGUCACCAAAGAGUCCCGAAGAGCUGAGCGAAUGGAGGAAGACGACACUGCGCACGGCAGACGAGCAGCAACGGUCAGACUCCGUAGAGCAGGGCGAAGAGGUUAUCACUGCUGAUAGGGCUGUAGAAGAAGACACUAGCGCCGCAGACCCAGAGGACAGCAACACCGUGUUCCUGGAGACUACUAACACAACAGUCCAGAAGACCAGUCCUGCUACCUCGUCUUCUGAAAUGCUAUCCAGACAGGAGAUGCUGCUUCAGCUUCAAACUCCAGCCGGUUGUUGGUCGUGCCUCAAGUUUCCGAGCUUCAAGGGUGCCGUGUAUGUGUCGUCCUGGUUCAACGACCUGUCUUCGGAGGUGAUCACAGAAAAGACUGUCGUGUUCCGUCCCCAGAGGUACCCUGACGUGAACUGCCAGGUGUACAUCGGGCGAACACUCAUCCAAGAGCGCCUGGUAACCACCGUGAAGGCGGCUGAAGAUGCGCUGGCAAUGGCGGGCGAGACUGAAUUGUGUAAAGGAGCAGCGAGUCACUCUGAAUGGAAGGAGCUCCGAAGCCUUCUCACGAGUAACUUGCGCAACAGUCUUGUUCCUGGGCGCCCAGGGUCUGGUGCGUUCUUCAGCAAAGGGUGCAGCACAACGGUUUCAAAGCCACAUACUGCUUGUAAUGAAUGCAAGUACAUCAGGAGGAAUAUGCUAACCAGGAAAUCAAGGUUGAGCAAGCGGAAAGAAAAGGUCUAUUCAGACAUUUUCCCAGCGUUUGAAGUCAUCACAGUGGACGAAUCUGUUUAUCAGUGGGUCUCUUCUCAAGAAGCAGCCAAAGAUUGAGGACUUUGGACAGUGACAUAUUGUUCUUUCAUACAACUUUUAUGGCUCGGUUCUUACCAAGCAAGUUUCUGCCGAGUUCGCUUCAUGGAAAAGAAUAAAAUGUUUCUGUUUCAAAAACUU